ACAGGGUUGGCCCUUUGCUGGAUUAUCCAGGGACCAGCUCUUCAUUGAGGCUUUCCCUUACUUCCUAGCCUCCUCCCUCUGGGCAGUAUUAUGUGACUCUCCGAGCUCCUAGGACUGUUACCUUGUGUCAACCACAAGUGAGCCCAGUGCCAGUCCGAUCCCAGAAUAGACAUCAGUGCCCAUCUGUGAAAGGAGCUGCCACAGCUCCACCAUCUGCAGAGGGGUGCCUCCCCAUGCAACCAAACCCCAAGAGUGAUUGUUGGUGCCGAAGGCCAAAGGCUGUCAGCUGAUAAUAUAUGGUUUACACCCGCUGUUGGGAGGACUUCCUCAGGCUUCAUCCUGGGCAGAAUAGCCUGCGUGAACCCAGAUGGCAAACCCCAACAGCCUCUUCAUCCUCCUACUGGCCCAGACCAGCUGUUUGUACAGUGAGGCCUUAAAGGCAGCAGUCACGUGUGGGGCCUUCAUUAGACCCUGACAUAUAAGCUGUGGGCUCAGGGUGGCCAGAAACUCUCCAGGCAAGGAUCCAGCAAGCAGAGGUCAUGCUGACUGCAGUGCUGCUGAGCUGGGCCCUGCUGCUGACACUUCCCCCUAUGCAGGAAGCUCAGAGGGGCUUGGCCCCUCUGGAAGGCAUCAGAAGGCCUGACCAGGCCCUGUUCCCAGAGCUGCCAGGCCUGGGCCGGCAGCCUCCACUGAAACGGACAAGCGCAGAACAGUCCAUAGAAGCUCUGCUACAGGAGGCUGAGGCCUUGACAGAGGUACUAGAUCCGGAGGGCCGCGAGCCACGCUCCCCGCGACGCUGUGUAAGGCUGCAGGAGUCCUGUCUGGGACACCAGGUAUCGUGUUGCGACCCAUGUGCCACAUGCUACUGCCGUUUCUUCAACGCCUUCUGCUAUUGCCGCAAGCUGGGUACUGCCACGAUCCCCUGCAGCCGUACCUAGCGGGCCGACAUGGGGUCGAGGCUGAACAGGGGUAGCGAAUAAAGGUUGGGACCAACCCCAAGGCUGUGGCGUUAUUUCGAACGUGGCCGUCGGAGGAGGGAGGUCAUGGAAGUCACAGCAGGGGUGGGGUUGCCGCCAAGCCAAGAAACCACACACACACACCUACCGCAGGGUCUAGGUUACCAUCAUCUGAAUCACUUACAUGCAUGCUUUCAUGGUGCCAGGCACAGCUGGGGAGCCAGAAA